AUGCUACCAUUAAUUUUUCUUGCAUCCCUCUUGGCGCUACCUGCCGAUACAUUUGGAGCACCUACAGACGUGGUUCCGGUUUCUGGUCAGGCCAUCUCCCUUCUAAGAAGGAACCAAUAUCCUCGAGAUGUUACCGAAUGGGGUACUUUUGCGAAGAGCCAGAGGGACAAUUUGAUAGCAAAGUAUGGUGGCCCGGUAAAACAGAAAAGAAGCACUGGUUAUAAUUCGAUCAUCGAUCAGCAGUAUGAUUCCAGCUACUAUGGUUCAUUGGCUAUUGGCACGCCUGCAGUGUCGUUUGAUGUCAAAUUAGACACGGGCUCUUCUGAUUUUUGGCUUGCUGGUCCUUCUUGUGGCACUUCAUGCGGAUCGGUUUCUAUAUAUAACCCAUCAUCUUCGUCGACUUUCCAGAACCUCUCUACGUCAUUCUCUAUAGUGUACGGCUCGGGUUCUGCGGAGGGCUAUGUUGCACAGGACACAGUGCAAAUGGCGGGAUUCUCCGUUUCAAGCCAAGGCUUUGCUGUUGUGGAUGCAGUAUCACAAGGUUUGCUGGCAUCACCAGUCUCUGGUUUUCUGGGUCUCGCAUGGCAAUCCCUAGCAAGUUCAGGUCAGAUGCCCUUGUGGCAGACUUUGGCCUCCAAUAAUGUUUGGGACUCAGCUCUCUUUGCUGUUCGGCUCACUCGGUACAAAAAUGAUUCUACCGCCCAGGAUCUUGAGCCCGGAGGAGUUCUUAAUAUGGGUUACACAAACAGUAGUUUGUAUACAGGCUCGAUUGAUUACAUCGAUAUUACCGGAACUCCCUCAUAUUGGUAUAUACCAUUGACUUCAUUGACUGUGCAGGGCAACUCCAUAUCUAUUGAUUCGGGAACAACUGCUGCUAUCGACACCGGCACAACCAACAUAGGCGGUCCAGCCAGCUCAGUUCAAGCAAUCUAUGCACAGAUUCCCAACUCACAACCGGCCACGGGUGAAUGGGAAGGAUAUUACAGUUUUCCAUGCUCGACGACUGUAAACGUAGAGGUGUCGUUCGGUGGCGCCACGUGGUCGAUAAGUCCAGUCGAUUUUGCCUUCACACAGACCAACUCAACAGAAUGCAUCGGCGCAUUCUUUGAAACAAGUACUGGUACAGGAUCUCCCUCUUGGAUCUUCGGCGAUACUUUUCUGAAAAAUGUGUAUUCUGUCUUCCGCUAUAAUCCUCCUUCGGUUGGCUUUGCUAAUCUCUCAAGUGUUGCAGUCGCUGAAAAUGGCGCUGGAGGUGCCGUCCCUUCCGCAACCAUUGGCACAAUAUCUGCAGCAGUCACCAACACAAGCGAUGCCCCGCGUAGACAUGCACUGAGUGCAUUGUCUACUCUUCUCUUCCUGGCCUUCUCAGCAGUGCUUUUCCUUUGA